GGCCGGCAUCGCGGCCGGCGUCGCGGCCGACGUCGCCGGCGCGUGACAACCGUGCGGCGCGGCCGGACAGGGAGCCGCAGCCGGCACCAGCGCACAAGAUGGAGGUGGAAGCCGUUGGCAUUGUGCCGAGGGACCGUCCGCCCAGUCCCAAUCCUCGGAGCAGCGAGCUGAGUGAACCUCCCACCGAGAUGCUGCCCCCCAGCCUGCCGGUGAUGACCUUGCCACCGGUGCCCAGCUUGGGCAUGCAAGGAGGCGAGCGAUCCCCACCGGCCCUCCCGCCACAGCCGGCGCUGAACGCCGAGGCGUCCGACAAACCUGGAAAGACCAAGAUGUCGAUGUCGCUUCCGGGGCAGAUUGUGCUCCACGAUACUGAAGAUGAUGAUGCAAGUGACGGGAUGGCAGUGACGCCCAUCCCUACGGGGCGCUCGGACACCUUCACCGCCAGGUCUGGUGGAGAUUUUGGGCACACCCAAUCCAUCGGCGGCGGGCGAAAGAGCAUCGCAGAGUACCACGACCCCGGGCGGGAGUCGAGAAAGUCCAUCAAGGCGCAGAAGGAUGCUCGGAUGAGGGGCAUGAGCACAGACCAGCUCUACACGCGGCGCAGCGGCGUGGCGCCGCCGCCGGUCGCUUCAGCGUCCAGUACGCCCAGCACGCCGAACAGGAGCAGGAACAACGCCAGGUACCAGGACAACUUCUUCGUCAAGAGGGAGCAGGUGGAACACACAACUUGGCUAGGACGAUUGCACCCUGCAGUUCUCGUCCGAUCUGCUUACUUCGAAACGGUGUUCUGUGUGGUCAUUGUGUUGAACAUGGUGGUGAUGUCCUUUGAGGUGCAAUACCAAGGCCUAGACACUGGUCAAAAGAUCGGCUUUCCUCUCUACAAUUUGCCCGCCAGAGAUCUAUGGCCAGGAGCUGAACAGGUCUUCACUGUCACCUCGUGGUUUUUCGGUGUCAUCUUUGCCGUGGAGAUCGUCCUUCGGGCAGUGGGCUGGGGCCCAUGGAAGUUCCCCUUCGACUUUUGGAAUUGGUUCGAUGCUGGGAUGGUGGCGCUUUGGAUCCUCAGUGAGACCUACUUUCAGUCCUUGGACGAGCGCAUCAUCCGCUUAGCGCGAACGGCCCGAUUGUUCCGCUUGGUGAAGGUCAUUCGGAUGAUUCACGGCUUUGACUCCCUGUACCUCAUGAUGACUGCCAUGCGAGGAAGCUUAGCAGUGCUUUUCUGGUCCUUCAUCUUGCUGCUGGUGGCGCAGAUCAUGAUCGCCUUCUUGCUGAACCAGGUCUUAAGCGCGACUUACUUGUUGGACGAGAACAAGUCCAUAUCUGAUCGACAAGAAGUCUUCGCAUACUUUGGCACCUGCUCCCGAGCGAUCCUGAGCAUGUUCGAGCUAACUCUUGGCAAUUGGCCAGUGAUAGCACGGGUGUUGCAGGACAAGGUCAGUGAAUGGUACUUCCUGUUCGCCAUCGCGCACAAAGUCACCAUCGGCUUCGCCGUCAUCGGUGUCAUCAACGGCGUGUUCAUGCAGGAGACCUUCAAGGUGGCAGGCUCCGAUGACAAGAUCAUGAUGCGUCAGAGAGAGCGAGAACGCAAGCUGCACACCAAGAAGAUGAAGGUCUUGUUUGAGCAUGCGGAUGAAUCUGGUGAUGGCAUCCUUGACAUGGAGGAGUUUAUUCAAGUCUUGGAGAACCCAUCAGUAAGGACCUGGCUGGCGGCACAGGAUCUGAGCAUUAAUUCUGACGAAGCCUCUGCAAACCUCUUCAGACUUUUGGAUGAUGGUGAUGCGGCGCUCACGGCCCAAGAGCUGGUGGAAGGUGUCGCGCGCUUGAAAGGCCCUGCGAAGAGCAUGGACCUGGCCGUUUUCAAGCUGGAUUUCUUGAAGUUCAAGGAGGAUGUGGGGAAGAUCGCGGAGCUGGUCGAGAAGCUCAGUGGGGAGACGGUCGCAGGCGAAGGCUUUGCCACAGCACACCGGUGCACACGGAAAUCGGUGCUGAAGGAAUGAGUCGCACCCGCCCCGUGGUCUGUCCGGGCCUGGCAGCAAGGGCUCGGGUGCCCAAAGGUUUGAGCCACCUUUGAGCAUGAGACUUGUGUCUUCGCAUAAGAAGCUGCGGCCGCAAACAGAUCCUGUUCUUUUCAGGCAGAGGCUUGGUGUACCCGGAGCCUUCUCAGAAGGUGCUAGAGUUGGUUCAUGGCGUUAUCACACCAGCGACCCAACUGAAACGUGAUCUGCGGCUGCGCUCUUAGCUUGUCGCGGCGAGACAGGAAGCCACAUGGACAUGCC